AUGACCUCAAUGGUAUACCCUCAGCCCACAACCGGAUAUGAAGAUGAUGAUGAUGAUCAACCCAUGAGAGUGGACAUACACAUGCUCAAGAUGAACAAAAGUAUCACACUGGAUGUCAAUAUCAACUCGACCGUCGCGGAUGUGAGGGAGCAGGCGGCGAGCAAGCUGGGCCUUCCCCGCCGGCGACUGAUGCUUAUCUUCAACGGCAGCCAACUUGAGGAUCACGAAGAGAUCAAAUACCUGGGAAUUCGUGGUGAUUGCACCAUAUUUGGCAUGAAAUGCAGCCCUGGCGAACAGAUGGGCAUUUUUGAACUCGAUCCCUCUAAUCUGGACCCCCAGUAUGACUAUGACUUUACAGAUAAAUCUGAUGACGGGAGUACAUACUUGCGAGGUGGUCAAGUCUACCAGCGCCCAUAUGGAUGGAAACGCUACGCAGUUAAAGUGCACGGUGAGUAUGAGAACGACACGUGGCUGGGAGAAAAAGGCAUUCGCACUUACUCAAGUCCUGGUGAGUGGGCAGUUAGUUACCAUGGCACGGAAAAACGUUGCGUGAAACCAAUAUUGGAGGAAGGCUACAAAAUUGGUUCAAGAGAGCGCUUCGGUCGAGCGGUCUACUCCAGCCCCAACUUAGAGAAGAUAGAUGAGCAUCGCUACACGAAAAAAUUUACUAAAGACGGUAAGAGAUAUAAGUUUGCCCUUCAGAAUCGGGUAGACCCGAAUCACCUUGAGGUGAUUCCACCGGAGAAAACAGGCUAUCCCGAUUUCCCUUACUGGUUAUGCCCAAUGCAAGAUCCUGAGAAUGGUAUUUAUCAUGUCAGACCGUAUGGUAUACUUACACAAGAGUUGUAA